GGGUCGCUAUGGCGCAUGCGUACUGCUUCCCAGCGAUUCCCUGGGCCCGGUCGCUUGUUUCCCCGAGGAGGCGGCAAGGCCGGCGCGGCGCGCAGGGAGCCGAGAGGAGCCGAGGAAGCGGCGGCGGCGGAGGGGAGAAGGGGCCGCCCCCUCUCGUCUCCCCAGCAUGGGGCGCUGCUGGUGCCGCCCCCCUCGCCCGGCUCGCAGCGCCCCCGGGCUCUGCCUGCAGCGGCCUCUGCGGGGCCUGUAGGGGCGGCCGGGCCGGAUCGGGGCGGGGGGCGGCAUGAGGAGCCGCUGCGGCCGCCCCCAGUGAAUGGGCCUCGCGGCGGAGCGGGAGCAGCCGGAGCCGCCGCGAUGGCUCAAGAGAAAAUGGAGCUGGACCUGGAGCUGCCGGCGGGGAGCGCGCCGGCCCCGAGCGACGGGGGGAGCUUGAGGAGAUCGAACAGCGCCCCCCUCAUCCACGGGCUGAGUGAUAAUUCACAGGUGUUCCAGGCCAACAUUUUGCGAACCCGCAGAAACAGUACAACAGUGAUGAAUCGUCAUAGUCUGUUGGUGCCAUCAUCUCCUGUUCGUAUUCCUAGCAGCCGCCUUCAUCAAAUCAAACAGGAAGAAGGAAUGGAUUUGAUGAACAGAGAAACAGUACAUGAACGGGAAGUGCAAACAGCAAUGCAGAUCAGCCAGUCAUGGGAGGAAAGCUUGAGCCUGAGUGACAAUGAUUUUGAGAAAUCAUCCUCUCCCAAGCAAAUAGACUUUGUCCCAGUUUCUCCAGCUCCUUCACCCACCAAAGGAAUAGGGAAGCAAUGUUUCUCACCGUCUUUGCAAAGUUUGGUGAGUAGCAGUGGAUUACCUCCAAGCCCUAGUCCCAGUCCAACAAGACGAUUCUUAAACAGGAGAAGUCAGAGUCCUAUUCACUGCAUUCGCCCAAGUGUUCUUGGGCCAAUGAAAAGAAAAGGUGAAAUGGAUACUGAAGAUGAGCCAAAGAGAUUUUUUCAAGGAACUACUAGCAUGCUUUCUCCUGAAGUUUCACAUCUGACAGACCUUGGUGCAUGUCUGACUUCAGGUACUCUUGACGGCAAUCAAAGCAGUGCUGGCUCUUCCCGUGAUUCACCAGCUGAAGUUGUCACCACCAGAGAUUCUCCAGCCUCACUUUCCAAUUCCAGAUCUCCAUUUAAGCCCAUAGAUUUUUCAGCUAAAUUACCCACAAAUUGAGACUUUAUUACUCCUCUGCUGGAGGGUAAACAGCCAAGCUGGAGAGCAAAAAGACAACGUUCUACAAUGUGUGACUGAGUUUCUUAUCUGAUCCUGUUCCUCAUAGGAACUUCCAGAAAUGUCUUUAUUUCUAGAAAACUUCCAUAGUAGUUCCUUGAGGAAGUUUAUAGUGAUUUGUAUGACAUUUUACUAAAUACAGUUCGUGUUUAAACUCCAAACGUUCUCUUUAAUAUGUGAAUAUCUGCAUACAUGUUUUGACUUACAAUAGAUCUUGAUUGGCAUAAUAAAUUGCAAAUACAUAUAUUAUUCUACAAGAGGAAACAAGGCAUUUUAAACUACAUCUUUUCAGUUGUCACUAGUUUGUAAUGUUGCUGAUCUAGGUAACAGCCUUUAUUGGAUCGGAUUCUGUCAUUUUUUGUCAAGCUAAUCAAUGGAUCAGUUGAUUAAUAUUAAUUUUACUCCACAAGCUUUGGGUAUUUCAUUUGCUGUUUUUAAAAGGUAAAUGUGGGUAUCAACAUAUAAUUGGUGCCUAAGUCCUAAUUUGUUUGGCUGUUAAUCAAUGUUAUGUUCUGAUUGGAUGAAAAGAACCAGAAUGGAUGAAUUGUCCAUAUGUUACAUUUUAUUUGUAAUCAUAAUUGCUGGUGUGACUAAAUACAGACUUAACAUGGAAAAAAUUGCCUGCCAAAAUCACCAGCUUCCUUUUUUCCCCCCUGUGUGACUAUCUAGAGUGAUAGGCAUUCUCCUAGCACUGUUUUCCCACAGAAGGAACUUUAAUAGUGUGUUGGGACAGUGCAUGAAAUGCUAAAAUCCCUAAAUUAAAUGCUUCAGAUAAGAAAAUUAGAGGCGGUAGAGUCUUAACAAUGGGUUUUAGUUGGAGAGGAAGGAAGCCAUAAGGAGGGACCCUGAGUGAGUAUGUCCAGACUGAAGUGAUAAUCCAUGAACAUUUAACUCUGCUAUGUGACCACAUACCGUGUUUUAAUCUCUUCUGUAGAGUAAUAGCAACUCAGUAGAAGCAGCCUCCAAUUCCUCAGUAUCAUAGCAUAAAGAGAUUUCUGAUGUUAUAAAGUGAAAAAUUAUUGAUCACAAGUGUAGAAUCGAUCAAUUUAGAUAUGUUGGAGAAUUCCUAUAAUGGAUUUGAAAGAAGCUAGUAUGUCCAGAAGCACCAUGAUAGCAAACCUAGAAGACUCCCAAGACAGAAGCAAGAGUCUGCCAGCCCCCAAGGGCUUAAUAAUGAAGCAAAGCUUUUCCUUCCUAAACAGUAAAACUGUAAUGCAGGGCUAAAGGUGGGCACUGAAUGUAGUGAGCCUUUCCUAAAACAAGAUAUGGUGGUAGUUCUCUACCCUGUCAUAUGGCUAUUUCACAGAGAAGAACUUUGACAGGGCAGCAGCAUACAAGGUUAGGAAACAGAAGAUGUGAAGAAUCUGGGAUGAGUGAGGACUAAGGAUUUAUUUCUCCUGUAUAAUAUGGAGAUAUGGAAUCUAUGUGGUGGUCUCACUCUUAGCUCAAACACUGUGAACAUGGUUUAUUGUUGACUCUCCAUGUUUAUCUAAAUUAUUGCAACUGUCAACUGAGCUUCCUUACUCCACAGAUCAGUUUUCAUAAAGUUCUGAGACUCAUGCUUACCUUUCCCAAUGGCAGACAGACAAAAUUGUGUAUAACAUCUGCUUGCUUGCUUUAAUACAGCAUGGCUUUAUUUUAUAAUCUCAGCCAUAUGCCAAAGACUUACUGUGCAUUCAUUCUUCUGUGAUAAAGGCAAAAUUAUAGAUUUUUAUCUUGCUUAUCUCAUUUUUCAUGAAUGGGCCUCAAUAUCUGAUUGCCAAUCCUUUUAAAAGAUGCAUGAACAGAAAGGUAAUUACGGUAGUUAUAUUGUGUGUGGGUCAACAUGUCUCUUCUCUAUUAAAUAUUUAUGCUGGUUUUCCAAAUAAGUGCCAAUAAAGAGAACUGAAAAAAUAA